AGCAAUCCGAUUCCCACGGCAUCGGGCGGACGAUCUUUUGAAGGACACAGCGGCGUCGGAGGACUCGCAAAAUCCUCGGAUCGAAAAUGGCCGCCGCCGCCGCCGUCGGAGCGACCGAUCUCCGACCACCCACGGGCCUCGUCUCUCUCAUCGCCGCCUGCUUCCUCGUCGCGUCCUCCUACGCUUCUCUUCCUCCCGACGCGCGUCUCCUCGGCGUCCACCCGCUGGAUGAGAAAUUCUAUGCAGCAGAGGUGAUCAAAUGCAGGGACGGCUCCAAAUCCUUCACGAAAGACUAUCUGAACGACGAUUUCUGUGACUGCAUCGAUGGAACGGACGAGCCAGGAACUUCGGCUUGUCCAGCAGCAAAAUUUUAUUGCAGAAACGUGGGUAAUACACCUAAGUUCAUAUACUCUUCUCGUGUCAAUGAUUAUUUUUGUGAUUGCUGUGAUGGAAGUGAUGAGUAUGAUGGAAGGCUCAAAUGUCCCAAUACGUGCAUCAUGGGAGGAAAUGUCGAGUAUAAAGCUGAAAGCUAUGCAGCAAAGACAACCAUUUUGGGCAUUGACAAUAAAGAACCAAAGAAUGGAAUGAACUUAGAUGAAAUGAUCCAAAACCUCAAAGGAUUGAAGAUUGUGAUUGUAGUUCAGGUGCUUCUUAUUAGUUGUCUGUUGAUUCUCGAAGUUCUACGUCGUCGGCGCAACAGACAAAGAAGGAAACGCACUCGUUGAUUUAGUUCGCUCCAUGGUCAUUAAUGACAUCCAUGUUUGUUCUUUGACCAUAUCUACGUUGAUUUCUGGUGUGGCAUUUGUGCGUCCUAAUUUAUGACUGAAUUGCCAAACCUCACCUGGGCUGUCACUCAAAUUGGACACAAGUUCUGGAAUACACAACAGCAUACUGAUUGUUGGUUCAAUGACAGAAGAGUGCAGGGAAGGUUUUUGUAUGUUUAGAUGUUUUAUAUUAACACCCCCUGACAUGGUGGUCAUGAUGUGAAAUUGAAACGUAAUUAGUUAGUUCUAAAAAGACAGGACUACAAGGUGAGGAAACUCACACGGGAAAAUACUUAGUUCUACAUCUAACAAUCCAGCGAGGUGAUAUGGAUCAAAUGUGAGGAUGGCUUUGUUGUUUAGUCAUUAAUGAAGACAUUCCUGUUAUGACCCUAAUAUUCGAAAGCUUGGCCCCAAGAGAA